GAGGGAGAGCCAGAGUAGGAUGGGGCAGUGAGGGCGGCUGGAGACGCCGCGGAAAGUCGAAUAUGGCGCGGAGCAGUCGGGCUCUUGGCAAGGCUCUCGUGGAGAGGUUGGCAGUGCCUUCGCGUAGAGUAGCGCUCAGGCAUUUGACUUCUUGGGAAAUAUUGGUGAGCAAAACCCCACUGCCACAAAUAUCAGCAAAAAAUUGUGCCUUUCCAAGAAGGACUUACUUCAACUUUACUGCGCCAUUCGGGAACAAAAGGAAAGAAUAUUCAGAAAGAAGGAUUAUAGGGUAUUCUAUGCAAGAAAUGUAUGAUGUGGUAGCUGUUGUAAGCGAAUACAAGAACUUUGUUCCUUGGUGCAAGAAAUCAGAUGUAUUAUCCAAACGUUCAGGAUACUGCAAAGCUAAAUUAGAAGUAGGAUUUCCUCCUGUGUUGGAAAGAUAUACAUCUGUUGUUACACUAGUCAGACCUCACUUGGUUAAGGCAUCAUGUACAGAUGGAAAAUUAUUUAAUCAUUUGGAAACUGUGUGGCGCUUCAGUCCAGGAGUUCCUGGCUAUCAAAGGACAUGCACCUUGGAUUUUUCAAUUUCUUUUGAGUUUCGCUCCCUUCUGCAUUCUCAGCUUGCCACAUUGUUCUUUGAUGAAGUUGUUAAGCAGAUGGUAGCUGCAUUCGAAAGAAGAGCAGCCAAGCUGUAUGGUCCAGAAACUAGAAUACCUCGAGAAUUAAUGCUUCAUGAAGUGCAUCAUACAUAAAGUAGUUUUGAAAUUUCUUGGACACCAUCUUUACAUAUGAGAUGUUUUUCUCAUGUGGGCUUCCAAUUAUAUGGGGCAUUUUUUGCCAAUUAUGUAUAUUACUACUGUAUAAAACAUUCAUGUAAGAUGCAGGUGUAUAUAGAAGCUUCAGUAAAGUGCAAUUCUAAGGUGCUGGUAAGUUCAUUGAGUGGCAGCUACAUUUACAAUGGCUUCCCUCAUCUUUUCAGCAUGUAUAAAACUCAGCAGUUACCAGUUCUAUAGCCUUAUUUUGACAAUGUUUAAUAUUUACUAUUGAAAUCAAGUUUAAGUUAUUAUUUUAAAUGCAUAUUUAAGUUAUUUUUAGUAUUCAAAACUAGCUUUAACUAGCAGUGUGCAGUUCUGAAAACAAAGGUUUUUGUAGUGCAUAAACUUUGGUAGCAAACUUAAUAUACAGUAUUUUAAUAAGUUGUAUGAAUCCUACAGAAAGGGCUCAUAUUCAUCAGUACAUUAUUUAAUAUGGUACUGUAGUAAACUGUUGCAAGAUUCCAACAGGCGACUACCUAUACUGGGGUUCUGUAUGAAUAAUCAUGAACUCUAGCUUUAAAAAUGUUCCAGUUAAUGACAAACCAUAGCGCCUAGGGGUUUAUGGCUUUCUUCCACCAGCAGAACUGACAGUGCUAACAAAGCACAUUCCCCACCUUCCUUCAUAGUUCUCUCCAUCUGCCUUAGAAAGUUGGAAAACAAAUUAGGAAUAAACGGGAAAAAGGAUACUACUGUUUGCCGAAGCUGGCUUCAGUAACUUUGGCAUUAACUAUAUGUAAAUAUAGUUUAAGUUAAAACAGUGUAUUUGAAUUUCACACCUUUAUAAUUUUAUAUAUUGCUGCACUCACCACUUGUAAUAGUUUGAUGAUUCUUGCUUGAUUCAUAAACAUACUAUCUCCUAGGACUUCUUUUUUAUACUAUGCACUCCUCAUUUUUUAUUUUCAUAAAUGUGAGGGUACUGUAAUCUGGUCAGCUGUAUUCCUUACUACAGACUGCUUCACAAUGGUCAUAAGUCUCAGCAUCAAGUUAGCUCUGGAGCCUUAAUCAUGAAAAAUGGUUACUCAGGCAAGAAGUUUGUAGAUUAAAUUGAAGUACAGCUGGAUUCUAAACUGCUUCAGUGCAGUUCUAAUUUCAGCCACGAAAAUGUUAUUAAAUUUUUUUUGUACUAGGAAGGCAGCUCAAUCAUCCUGCUUUCUAUUUUCAUGUAUUAAAAGAAACUUGAGAACAAUUUUAUAUGAAAGUUAACUUUUGAGGAAUAACUUUUCUUUCCUUGAGAAAUAAGACUUUUAAUAAUUAGUUAUUGCUAGUUGGCUCUGAAAACAAAAAAAAUGUCUUGAAAAACUUAAUACUUGCAAUGAACAGAUUAUGUUGUGAAUAAGUUAAUACAUACCAUACCUUAGAGCAAUUGUUUUAUUACAUAAAGUUGUCACAUAAUUGUAUAUUUGUCUACUUUGUACACAAUUUUAUUCAGUCUUGCACACAAUGGCUUCUGCAUUUUUUAGUGGCAGCAGGCACCAAUAAAGUCUUAUUUAGCAGAA